AGAAGUGAAGAAAAGAAAAGGCAGGGGAGGAGCAGGAAGAGCAGGAAGAGGAUGCAGCGUAGGAGUGAUAUGGGCGUGUCUAGUGGUUCCCCGCUAUCUGACCUCCCCACCCCUCCCCCCCAGCACUUUGGAAAAGGCGCCGUUUUCCUUCAGCUAAAGCUAGCGCUAUGCUGCAAGCCACCCUGCAAGGCUUGCUUGGACGGAGCGGCGCGGAUUGGCUCGCGCAGACGACAGUACUCUAUGGGCAUAUGUGUGUGUAUCGAAGGAGUAGGUGGUUAG